ACCCGUCCAAUCUCGCGUUCUCGCUCGACCGCUCCAGUCAGAGGCUACACGCAGCUGUGUCACCACAUCUAAGUCUACCGCCAGCUACAAGAAUCGCAAAGUGAGGCUCGUCUCCGUCGCCAGCAAAAAUGCCUCUCUUUGCUAGCCUACGCAAUAAGAAGGGCCGUCGCGGCUCUCUUUCAUCGACCGGCACUGCCCCUGCUGCAGGGAGCGACUUUGGUCCUACUAGCCCAUCGCGCGGCUCAGUGACCUCUGCCAAGCAGGCGAAUGGGACUGGACGGGCUGGCAAUGGACACCUGACCAAGCGUAGCUCUGUCAGCCAGCUAAAUGGUAAAGGUGCAGUCGUAUCUUCUGGUCUUCCCACCAUUCCUGCUUCCUCGACUGCGCCAGCUGUGGGAAGUCCCACGUCCGAGACCGCAAAGGACGGCACCGCUGCUCCUGCUCCAAAACCGAGCGAAUUGUUCGCCGGAAAAGGCGUGCAGUGGGAUUCUGUGCGUCUCGCCGGACCUCAAGCUCGUCUGGCGACUGCUACGUCCAAUGCGCAAGCCGGUACUUCGGAAGAUUUGCAGUCUUUCCUGAAGGCCCGGCGUCAAUGGGUCCCAACUUUCGUGACAGAGGACGAAGAGAAAAAGUCGGAGCGAGCUGCACCUUCAGAUCUCUCCAAAAUCAACUUUGAUGCACCUCGCGAGGCUCCUGGAGCGGGCAAUGGUCAUCUUCUAAGCUUGGCAGAGCUCGACGCUUCUCACAAGCGCAAGCAAGCUCUGCUCGGUACUUCGGGCUCGGUGCUUGGCAAUAGCCUCUUCGAUGAGCCGAGCACGAGCGCGCAGGGUGCUGCUGCUGUGCAAGCCCAACAACAACAACAGCAGCAGCAAGCUGUCGGAACAGGGAAGACUCCUUCAAUCAAGAGCAAGAUGGGCAGAGGUCCGAGCUGGCGGAAGAGCUCUAGCACUUCCCACAACGCGCCCGUCGCUGCUUCGGCAGGGGCAGCCGCUGCGGUUGCUUCGAGAAGCGCCUCUACUGCGUCCAAGCCAGUUCCUGCCGGCGCACAUGGGAAGAGUGGGAGCGGAAAUGGCGCUCAGACUCAAGCCGAUGAAGGUGGGGUCAGUAGUCACGACGACGCAGUCGCACGAGCUUUGGCGCAACAGCAUCAGAACACCGCUAUUGGCACCACUACUACGACCACCAUUCGUACCACGACAUCUCCAGAUGCUGGAAAUCAACCGCUUCCUUCGGAUUACAGCAAGCAGCCAAACGACAAUGGAUCAGUCGGAUCUCGCUCCGGUGCGGUGCCUGGAAGGAAGCCUGUCCCGAAUCGAGAAAGCAGCUUCGCAGGGCCUGAAAAUGUUGCGAGCCCUCACAACGUGGGGCCCUCGGAUGGUGCGGUGCCUAAUUCAAAGGUGCAAGCUGCACCGCCCACCAGUCAAGCCAACGGGGAGGCAGCACCAGCCGCCGAAGUACCCGUUGCUGCGCGCCCUUCAGUCGAGAAUCCUUCUACUCGAUUUGCAACUCCCGAGGUGCCCGGUGAAGACACGAUCCUUGACGAGGCCAAGGUUCCCGGCGGUACAGAGGCUGUGUUGAGCGAUGAGCCAUUGCCCAAGACAGCGGUCGCCUAAGUGAACUGCGGAAGUUCGGACACUUGUUUGGUUGAUGGGCGGACGCUGAGAUGGAAGCAACCCUAUGAGUGCUCCCGUCUCUUCAUGGGUCCCAAGUCUGCCCAUAGCCAUGCCUCCA